UCUGACUCAGUCUCUGUCUCCAUCGUGUGUCUUUGGGUACCCAGUGUCUAAGCUGCAAGUAUGAUUGUACAAUUCAGUAAAUGGACAGGACAGGUUUGCGACACUGGCAAUAAGAGGCGGUAGCGCUGGGCAGCGGCUGAUACAGGGAGGGAUGUAUCAAUAUUGCGGCUGUUGGUAUCAUUGUGAACAGUAAAUCCGCUCUGUUCACCAUUGCACACAGGGUGUGUUUGUGUGUGAGCAUUUCCUGUUGCUGGGAGGAGGAGAUUGUGCUGAUCGGCUGUGGGUUUGUUUUUUUUCAAAGAGAAUGUAUUUAUAAAAAAGGGGGAAGCCUGUGAGCCGUUAAAUCAGUGCCAGCCCAGAGUGGAUGGGUGGUUGUGUGUGGGGGGGUCUCUGGGCAUUGCCCGUUUGUCAAUGGGAAAUUCGCAGUUCUGGAGCGCCAGGGAACCCGUCACGGUGGAGGAAUGUGACUCGACCUGGCAAAGCGAUUCAGAACCGGAGCAGGAGCAGGAACAGCAUGAAGCUGGCCAGGAAAUGACUGCCUCUGCCGGGGAAGGAGAAGCAAGCAGGAGUGUAGAGGAGGCUGAGGCUGGCAGCGAGGACCAGAACGAUGAUAAAGUCAACACUUCAUUCAAGCCAAAGAGAAGUUUCUUUGCUGCCAGAGACUUGUACAUGUACCGACAUGGCUACCCAACUCAGGCAAAAUCACGAGAAACCAAACUCUUCAGCACUUAUGCCAAUCUCAAGUUUUAUACACAGGAAAUUGCCUUGAAACCAGACGGUGUUUAUAUCGAUGAGAUCCUAACCAAGUGGAAAGGAGAUUAUGACAAGCUAGAACACAACCACACCUAUAUUCAAUGGUUGUUCCCACUGCGAGAACCAGGCCUGAAUUGGCAUGCUGAAGAACUGACUGCAGAAGAGAUUAAGGAAUUUCUUAAAACUAAAAAAGCAAAGAAUAACUAUCUCCAGGUUUAUGAAAUUAUGCUGGACUUUUUUGGAAUGAAACUCGAGGACAAGAACACUGGGAGAGUGGCCCGAGCUUCGAACUGGGAAGAACGAUUUCAACACUUGAAUGAGUCUCAGCACAAUUAUCUAAGAAUCACCCGCAUUUUAAAAAGUCUAGGAGAGUUUAAGUUUGAGAGCUUCCAGAUUCACCUGGUGCGCUUGCUGCUGCAUGAGGCUUUAGUUGAGGAGACUCUGCCCAACAUGUUGCACAGUGCUUUGGAAUACUUUGUUUACACAAUUAAAUCCAGGAAGGAGAGAAGGAGGCUCCUGCGCUUUGCCAGGCUCCAUUAUAAGCCAGCAGAAAACUUUGUCUGGGGGCCUCUGAGGAAGGAAGCACCAGGAGGUAGAACCCUCAUUGCCAAGUCAUCCUCUCUAUCGGAGAAGCGGCCAUUUGUUCAAGAGAAAAGCAGACGCAACACCAUGAGUGAUGGCUCAAGAAGCAGUGUGGCAACUGCAGUUGGAAGAGAGUCAGCCUCCUGUUCUGAGACCGGGCGUGGGACAGGCAAACAGCAGAAAGAUCAAAAUAGCAGUGACACAGCAGAAGAUAAUGCAAAGAAUAAAAGAAGCAUCAAAGGGAAGAGUGACAAUCAGGUGGCAAAGCCUUUGACAGAAUCCGAGGACACUGGCAAUUCCCAGAGCCUGGCUGAGAAUAUAGAGGACACUGAUCCAAUAGAGACAGAGAAUUAAGUGUUGUACAAGGACCAUUUACUUUAAAACAAUUGUGAUCAAGUCCAUAGUCCAACCAAGCCUCGGCACUGGUGGGUCAAUGCAGAUCUUGAGGAAGAGCUCUCUGACUGACCUUUUACUCGGAUGCUCUUUGCUCCUCCAUGUUGUGCCCAAGAACGGGCUAAUGAUUGUAUUUUUUAUGCAUUAAAGAGGUUGAAUGUUUACAUGACUUGAGACCAAGUUGGACAGUUUGCCUGUGUGGACACUGAGUACAACAAAGCGUGUAUCGGGCAUUCCUUGAACUUUACAAACUGCUCUCUUCCUGUUUUGAGACAAAGUAUAAUGAGGCAUAUUUGAGUGAAAAUAAGGUGCAAACCAUGAGGUUUAAUAAUGAUUAAUGUGACCUUUAUGUGAAAGGCAUUUAUGUGAAAGUUCACCUUUGGCAGGACAUUGAUGUAAAUGCUUAAUGCUGUUAUAGACCCAGCUCAUAUAAUCUGAUCGUUUUAUCAGUUUAUUAUGCUUGAUGUGAAUUAAUCAGCUUGACAUUUCAUGGAGAUAGGAGGUUUGAUAGUGAUUUAUAUGGGGUUGUUGGUAGUGAUUUAUACAGGGUUGCCAACUCUGCAUGUAUUCCUGGAGAUUUUAUCACUUGACCCCACACUUUUCGACUACACCCCAGCUGGCCAGGCUCCCUUUGUUCCCCCAUGCCCAAAUAUUUUUAUAAUUAAGUGUUCAUGGCAAAUUUUUAAAAAAGCUCUGGUUCUUCCCUCAGGCAGCAGUGUUUUAGAGAUUAAUGUUUAAUUCAGAGAGGCUCCAGACCAUUCCUGGAGGGUUGGCAACCUGAAAUUUAUACAACUUAAGAUGUGUAGGCCAAACACUUAGAUAUUUGCCUUUCAGGCGCGAUUACCUGUAAAUCACAUCAAUGUACUUAGCCUGUCACAUGUCCGUGCCGACAUAGUGGUUUCAGUGUAAGGUAAACCUGCGGGUGACAGAGUCUGCUAGCUGUUUGGGUUUCCAGGUUAUGGAUUUCUGAUCACAAUAAUCUUUUUUUUUGGUGCCUGGUUCUCUCGGAAUGGAAGACAAAUUAAUCUGAUUAAUCUAGUAAAGUUAUGAUUCAAAAUGUUAACUAUAUGGUGCAUUCAACACAGCUUUUGUGGAUCAGUGAGAGCAUGGAAUUGUUCCCCUUACAGCAGAAUAGAUUAAGGAGAGAUUUGAUAGAGGUGUUCACAAUCAGAAGUCACUGGUCUUUCUAGCUGUGUAACUGACCUCAAUUACAUUUGGCUUUAAUUAAAGCUGGAAUGGACUAUUAGAGGGUUGGCAGCAUUGGCUCAAAGUUACACCAGAAAACCAAUGCCUAAAUUCUCAUUUUAAUUUUUCAGUUUACAUUGGAUUUUAAGAAGAAUACAUUGCUCAAAUUACAAAAAUAACAAGUAGUGAAUGAAUGACAAUUUAUAUAAAUUUUAAAGGAUGUGACUGUUGGUCUUUUAAACCCUGUAACAAUUUGAAUCUGUUUUGAGUAAUUUUGUGGGGACUAAGUGAGUGCUAGUGCCAAGUUACAUGUCAGUAUUAGGUGACCUUUUAGUAUAUCGGGUAUAUGUGAACUGGUCUGAUUAAUAUAUACAAGCAAUUUAGUUUACACAUUGUUAGCUCUUUCUGCUGUUUGCAGUUUAAUUGUUUUAUUGUGGGGGUUAUAAUGGUGGAGUUUGAAUAUGUCCUUAAAUUUGGGGCAGGCACUGACUUUCUUCAGUGAGAAGUGAUUGAGGAUUAUAUCACCUCUGUCCAAAAGAAAGAAAUACUUGCAUUUAUCUAGCGCCUUUCACAAUCUUGGGGCUUCACAGCCAAUGAAAUAAUUUUGAAGGGUGUCAUUGCUGUAAUGUAGGGAACACAGCAACCAAUUUGCACAUAGCAAGCUCCUACCAACAGCAAUGUUAUAACAACCAAAUCAUUAUUUCAAUGACAUCGGUUGAAGGUUAAAUAUUGGACUAGACAGCUUGGAGGGCUCUAGAAAUUCUCAGGUCUGACAGUACCUGUGUAGAAGGAAACAGUUUUUCAGGCUGAUGACUAGAACUAUCUCUGUUGGCCAGAAACAUUGGUCCAGAUCUUCUGGUCACCGGAUGGUCUGACCACAGCAGUACCCCAAAAGAAAUGCUGGGAUUUUCCUCGGAAGUCCCCAUGCAAGGACUCGACAGGAAUUACCCAGAAGUUUCAACUUCCGAUGGUCAAUUCCCCUGUAUCUGGAAUCCUGGAGACUUCGGAUGGUUCCAAUUUAUUUACUGGAAUAGUUACCCAGGAAAAGUUAGAAGCCCUAACUCUGGGGUAACUAUACUACUGACUCCCUGACUACCCCUCCACCCUUCAGUACCUCCCCACUCCCAACUCCCACCCAAAUAAACCCCCCACCUCUGACUACCCCCACCCCUGACUACACCCCUAACCCCCACCACUUGACCCAUUCUAACUCCUCACCCACUUAACUACCACCUUACCCCCCUCAGCCACCUGCCACCCUACUGCCUCAUGCACUUACCUUCUCUCCUAGCUUGUCAAAGUGGCUGGGACAUUUAAACUUACCGGAGUAUGGCAGCUGGACUGUGAAAAGAGUGUGUGGCUUGGCUUCCCCCUGACACUCCUAUGUUAUGAGGGAUGGACUCUGAGAGCAGGUAAGCUCCACAUUUCUUGGCAGCUCCAGCUCAGAAGUCCAGGAGGGAAAUGUGGAGCUCCCAGUGUAGGGUAAAUAAGUAGGAGCAGAAUGGCAAUCCGACGGUGAUUGCCACUCCACAGAAGAUUCAGCCCACUAACUCUGUUUCUCUCUCUCUGCACAGAUGCUUCCAGAGCUACUGAGUAUUUCCAACAUUUUUUUGUUUCUGUUUCAAUUUCCAGCAUCCAUAAUACUUUACUCUUGUACUGGGUUUACCUACUCUGCUCUUCAAAAAGUGCCAUUUAUGUACGCCCAAGAGGGCAGUCGAGGACUGGGGCCUUGCUUUAACAUCGCAAUGGAAAAACAGCACCUCUAACAGUGUAGCACUGCCUCUGUACUACACUAGAGUGUCAGCCUAGAUUAUAUACUCAAGGCUGUGGAGUGAGAUUCCGACCAGUGAUCUUCUGUAUCGGAGGGGUGAGUGUUAAUCACUGAACCAUGGCUGCCUGAAGACGCUGAUGAAGGGGGCUGUGGAGGUACUUUCCAGAAGGAACUGCUUAGGGAUUUACCAGCCUGUCUAACAUCUGCAACCUUGUUAAUUAUUAACUUUGAAUUCAGUGCAAAUAGUUUGUUAAUACUAAGACUGUACCAUGUGUGUGCUAACAGAAGCAGCCAGCAACUGGAUUUGUAAAGCUGAAAGAAUUUAUAGUUUUGAUUCAUUAAGUGUGUAACAUUGUAAUCCCAGAAUUUAACACAAAUAUUGUAAAUUUGUCACAUCAUAUUGCUUGUUAUUUUGAAAAUAAAAUUCUCUUAAA